GAAGCAGUUAGCAAUCGCGGAAUAUUGAAGCGACGAUCGACCAGAAGCAGUUCAUAAGCAAUCGACAUCGACGAUCGACCAGAAGCAGUUCAUAAGCAAUCGACAUAAUAUUGAAGCGACGAUCGACCAGAAGCAGUUCAUAAGCAAUGAGCAUGUCGACGGCUGUUAGACUAUGUGGAGAGUGUCCGAUGGAGCUGAAUUUGGAGCUGUUGUAUCCUAACCAGCCGCUGCUUUCAGAAUGCGAAUGCGGUUAUCAGAUUUGUUUUGGAUGUUGGAACAGCCUAGUAGCACGGUACAAGAAAGGUGCUGUAGGGACUUGUCCUGCGUGUGGUAAACGCUAUGAUAAGGCCAGAUUUGUUUCCAGGCUACCGAGGCCAAAGCCGAAAGCGAUUGCAUUUACUACUGUAACUGUGAGGGGAAUACCUCUCAAAUUUGCUAAUGAUGCUACUUUGAUGAGCAAUACAUGUUUUGGGAAAUACGGGAAGGUGACUAAGGUCUCAAUUGCAAGAAAAGCUGAUGGGGAAAUUUUGUUCUAUAAACCCAGUAUAUGCUUUGAAAUGUGA